UUUAUCUGCACUGGUCAAGUUAUCAAGGCGAAGGUGGUUGCAGAGAAAUAUGUGGGGGAAUUUAACGACACCAUCGAGUAUGACAUCGACCACACCAUGACAUUUAAGGGCCCUGAGAGGAUUUUUCAUACCAUCUACACACAAUCUUCCUCUGCAGCAUGUGGGAGGACUCUGACCAUCGGAACAGAAUAUUUUAUCGCAGGUCUACUAAACUCUGAGGGCUUGCUGCGCAUCUCACUGUGCGGCUACGUUGGGUCCUGGGAGGACAUGAGCGCCGCCCAACUGAGCUUGGUACAGCGCUAUAUGAGGAACUGUGAUUGCGACAUCUCUUACUGCGACGCCUUCGUGUGCGAUAUGAGCAACCCAACUGAGUGCUUGUGGGCAAACUGGCUCCCUUUUGAUUUAAUUUGUACCAAAAGACGUGAUGGCUCUUGUGCUUGGUACAAAACGCCAGCAUAAUCCAAAUAGGCUUCCAUGGAUAUUGAAUACAACUAAAAUAUUACAACUCAGAAAUGUCCAAAUUGCAAAUAAAUCAUCAAUUCAAAGAAAA